AUGUGGAAAAGUGUGAUAUAUUUGUUUGUGCUACUUCUAGGUGUAAUCAGAGCCGAAGACGUGAAAGACUUGAGGAACAACGAGGUCUCUAUAAAAGGGCGUCUGGAAUUAAGUGAGAUCGAUAUUAGUGCUUAUAUGAUUCCUAGGUGCAGCUUUAGGCUAUACCAAAUAGGAAAUUACUCUGCGGACAAGCCAUUCCAUCAGAUCACUAGAAUAAAGGAUAAAAACGGGACUUUUGAAUUUAAUCAUGUACCCAUAAAUCAUGGCGUCAAUGAAAGUACCUAUUUCGUUAUGACUCCAAGCUCUAGAGAUUUCAACCUCCUUCCACAAAGGGUUCUGGUGGAAGUGACAAAUAUUUUCAAUGAGACUACUGGAAAGGUCGAACAGCAAUUGAAGGCAUUUAGAAACUAUUUUGGUAGAGAAUAUUUCCCCUCCAAAGAUAUUCACUUCCCUGACAAGUUAGAAGAGAUGGAUGCUUUACCUUACAUAUCCAUAAAGAUGUCUAAGAUGCUUCCAUUCAGAGAUUAUUUGCAACAAAGAAAUGUAGGAUUAUUGCAGAGUGGUCCAUUGGCAGGAAUUUUGAAUUCUAAGUGGAAAAUAGCCGCAGUCAUUACUCUCUUGGCUCUGAUGACAUUCCCAUAUUUAGUUGAAAAGCUUGAUCCAGAAACAGCAAGAGCUAUGAAAGAAGAAGCAAGAAAAAAGCAAAGAGAGAAGUAUGUGGUAAAGGAGGAAUAA